UCAGUCGGGUCUCUCACAUUAUUCGUUCGAUUCGAUUCAUAUACUGAAAAAUAUACAAAUUUCAAAUAUGUCAAGUGCAUUCCAAAAGCUAUCAAAGGUCUUGGCAUUCUGCCUCGCCAACCUCCUAUUUGGUUGGUACCUCUGGCCGAUGGUUUUGUCAGACAUCCCCGUUUGGACAAACAACGAAAUCUACCUCAAUUUGCUCGUUUACCUGCACCAGCUAACAGUUUUUUGGUACGGCCUUCUGGUACUCUCCGAAUGUGCCUUGGAAGACUUGGUUUUGAUAACGCUCAUCAUUUUGACAGAUAUUGUUCACAUUUCGCUGAGCGGCGCCUUUCUGGUGCACUCUGCCAUUGGCGGUGGUGGCGAUUUUCGACUCAGUAUCGUCGCUCUCUUGGAUAUGUCUCUCAGCUUCUUCUGCUCGAUUCGCUGGCCGUUUGUUGUUGCAUAAUUGAUCAAUGAAUUUUAUGCAACGAUGGCAAUAAAUUAAUAAGUUUA